AGAUCCGCGGCGCACUACCCACCCACUCCAGUGUCUCCCCUCCUCACUCGCCCACCCCGAUGGCCGGCGGCCGCCCGUUCAGGCCAUCGGCGCCGCGCCGCGCCGCGUUCGCUGCUCUACUGACGCUCCUCCUCCUGGCAACCCUUUCAUUCCUCCUCUCCUCCGCGCCCGCCGCCUCCACCCGCUCCUCGCCCUCCCCUCCGUCGUCCCGCCUCGCCGCCAUCCGCCGCCACGCCGCGGACCACGCGGCCGUCCUCGCCGCCUACGCCGCCCACGCGCGGAAGCUCAAGGAGGCGUCCGCCGCGCAGUCGGUCUCCUUCUCCGCCCUCUCCUCCGACCUCUCCGCCCUCUCCUCCCGCCUCGCCUCCCGCCACUCCCUCCCGGAGGACGCGCUCAAGCCCCUCGAGAAGGAGGCGCGCGACCGCAUCAAGGUCGCCCGCCUCCUCGCCGCCGACUCCAAGGAGAGCUUCGACACGCAGUCCAAGAUCCAGAAGCUCUCUGACACCGUCUUCGCCGUCGGCGAGCAGCUCGCGCGCUCCCGCCGCGCCGGCCGCAUGUCCUCCCGCAUCGCCGCUGGCUCCACUCCCAAGUCCCUGCAUUGCCUCGCCAUGCGCCUCCUCGAGGCCCGCCUCGCCAAACCAUCCGCCUUCGCCGACGAUCCUGACCCAUCCCCCGAGUUCGAAGACCCCUCGCUGUACCACUACGCCGUCUUCUCCGACAAUGUUUUAGCCGUCUCUGUCGUAAUUGCCUCCGCGACGCGCGCCGCCGCUGAUCCCUCGCGCCACGUCUUCCAUGUGGUCACUGCGCCCAUGUACCUGCCUGCCUUCCGUGUCUGGUUCGCGCGACGCCCGCCUCCACUUGGCGUGCACGUCCAGCUUCUCGCCUACUCUGACUUCCCGUUCCUUAAUGCGUCCUUCUCCCCGGUCCUCAGGCAGAUCGAGACCGGCCAGAGGGACGUGGCAUUGGUUGAUUACCUGAGAUUUUACCUCCCGGAUAUGUUCCCCGCCCUGACGAGGGUAGUGCUCUUGGAAGAUGAUGUGGUCGUCCAAAAGGACUUAGCAGCGCUAUGGCAUGUAGACUUGGAUGGGAAGGUGAAUGGUGCUGUGGAGAUGUGCUUCGGGGGGUUCAGGAGGUACAGGAAGUAUCUCAACUUCUCGCAGGCCAUUGUGCGAGAGCGGUUUAAUCCCAGCGCGUGUGCAUGGGAGUAUGGGGUCAAUGUAUUUGAUCUUGAGGCAUGGCGACGGGAUGGUUGCACGGAGCUGUUCCAUCAAUACAUGGAGCUGAAUGAGGAUGGGGCACUCUGGGAUCCAACAUCCGUUCUACCUGCUGGCCUGAUGGCAUUCUAUGGCAAUACAAAGCCACUUGACAAGUCAUGGCAUGUGAUGGGUCUUGGAUAUAAUCCAAGCAUCAGCCCUGAGGUGAUCCGUGGUGCUGCAGUGAUACAUUUUAAUGGGAAUAUGAAGCCGUGGCUUGAUGUCGCUUUCAAUCAGUACAAGGCUCUGUGGACCAAGCAUGUUGACACCGAAAUGGAAUUUCUUACGCUAUGCAACUUUGGUCUCUGAAGUAAUUAAGAAAUGCUCCAAGAAUAAGGCAGCCACCAUAUUGUUCUUUUUAUGGCGAAAUAGCCUAUACUAGUAUUAUCUCUGUUAUCUGUAGUGAAGUUUCAUACCUUUGUGGUGGUCAACAACGUUCUUGUAGAUUUUUAGCCUGUUUGCUGAUAGUAUUUAUUUUGUUAGCUAAGAUGUACUGGAUCAUUGUGGCAUAGUUGAAGGAAAUUAUAGAUGAACAUUUGUGUACUAUCUGUAGCAAACAUAUCUCCAACUGUAUUUAUUAAUUGGAAGGAAAAGUUGUAUCCAGGUUGCCAUUUUAUU